AUGGACCGCAUCAUUCGCCCUGUCGCCCGUCAAUUGCUGAGACCCCGACCGAGAUAUCCCUUCAGAAUUCCCCCAACCGCUCACGCUCAGAGACUCUACACAAUGGGACACAGCGCGCCUCAGUUGAAAGACCAGUCGCUCUUCAUCCAAAAGUCGUACAUUAAUGGCGAAUGGGUCGAUGCGAAUUCCGGCGAGACCUUUGAGGUCCACGACCCGGCCACUGGCAAACUGAUCGGAACAUGCCCCGAGCUCGAUACUGCCGACGUCGAAAAGGCGAUCCAGGCCGCCUCAGAGGCUUUCCCCAAAUUCCGCACAACCCUUGGCCGCGAGCGCGCGCGCAUGCUCCGCCGGUGGUACCAAUUGAUGAUCGAUAACGCAGAGGAUCUGGCCACGCUGAUCACAUGGGAGAACGGAAAGCCUCUGGCUGACGCAAAGGGAGAAGUCAACUAUGCCGCCAGCUUCUUCGAGUGGUUCAGUGAGGAGGCACCCCGCACAUACGGCGACACCAUCCCUGCCUCCGUGCCCGGAAACCGGGUCAUGACCGUCAAGCAGCCGGUCGGUGUUUGCGGUCUGAUUACGCCAUGGAACUUCCCCGCCGCUAUGAUCACCCGCAAGAUCGGCCCCGCCCUGGCGGCGGGUUGCACGGUCGUUGCGAAGUCUCCCCAGGAGACACCCUUCACGGCCAACGCGCUGGCUGAGCUUGCGCACCGCGCUGGAAUCCCCAAGGGCGUGGUCAACAUCGUUACCUCUUCUAAGAACACCCCCGCCGUAGGCGAGCUGAUCACCACCCACCCGGAGGUGCGCAAGGUUUCCUUCACCGGCUCGACUAAUGUCGGCCGCAUUCUCAUGAAGCAGUCCGCUUCCACGAUCAAGAAGGUCUCGUGGGAGCUGGGCGGCAACGCACCUUUCAUUGUCUUCGACGACGUUGAGGACCUCGAUGCCGCCGUCUCCGGAGCCAUCGCCUCCAAGUUCCGCAGCUCUGGCCAGACCUGCGUAUGCGCGAACCGCAUCUACGUCCAGAAGGGCAUCUACGAGGAGUUCACCAAGCGCUUCGUCCAGAAGGUCAAGGAGUUCAAGCUUGGCGGUGGUUUCGAGGACGGCAUCACCCACGGACCUGUUAUCCACGAGCGCGCCGCCAACAAGGCCCACGAGCACGUGACGGAUGCUAUCUCCAAGGGUGCAGUAGUUGCCGUUGGUGGCCAGAAGGCUACUGCGCUCGGCCCGAACUUCUACCACCCCACUGUGCUGACUGGCAUGAGCAAGGACAUGCUUCUCGCUUCGGAGGAGACCUUCGGCCCUGUCGCUGGUCUUUUCCCCUUCGAGACUGAGAAGGAGGUCGUUGACCUUGCUAACCGUGCCGAGGUCGGUCUUGCGGGUUACUUCUUCAGUGGUAAUGUCCGUCGCAUCUUCCGUGUUGCUGAGGCCCUGGAGGUCGGCAUGGUUGGUGUCAACACUGGUUUGAUCAGUGAUGUUGCCUCGCCCUUCGGUGGUGUCAAGCAGAGUGGCUUCGGUCGUGAGGGCAGCAAGUACGGUAUCGAUGAGUUCAUGACUAUUAAGAGUGUGACUUUUGGCGGCAUGGGUGAGCCCCUGCAGGAGUAA